GCACAAACACACACACACACAUGCACGCACGCACGCACACAAACACACACACAGACACACCAGUGCUUGGAUUUGUAGGUACCGUCCUAACUUUUGGGGAUCCCCACCCAGCCACAUCGAGCAAGGGGGCUUUUCAAGAAACGGUGCUGAAUGUCACUUCCAAAGGAAUAAGGAUUUCUUCUCCCCGGCUUCUGAGUAACUUUGCCGUCUCCUGUCCCCGUGCAAACUCCUCCCGGGCGAUAGUCAAUCCGCUUUCUGGAUGCUGAAGGAGCAUUUUUAAUUCCAUGCUGAAUUGAGACCUUGGAAUGCUCGAGCAUGGCCGCCCUGGUGCAGCAAAACGAGUUGAUGUUUGAGUUUGCUAGCAAUGUCAUGGAGGAUGAACAACAGCUGGGCGAUCCUUCCAUCUUCCCCGCGGUCAUCGUGGAGCACGUGCCCAGCGCCAACCUCCUGAACAAUUACUCCGGCUUGUCUUGCGUGGCGGAACCCAGCGACAUGAUAACCGAGAAUUCCCUGGACGUGGCGGAGGAGGAGAUUAUAGAAGAUGACGACAUCACCCUUACAGUAGAAGCAUCCUGCCAUAAUGGAGAUGAGACCAUGCAGACCAUUGAAGCAGCCGAAGCUCUUCUCAACAUGGAUUCCCCGGGCCUGAUGUUGGACGAGAAAAGAUCAGGUGAGCCUCAAGAAGGGAUAGCACCUCAGCCAGGAACCCCCCCCCCAAAAAAAAUAAAUAAAUUAUGCGUGGUUUUGCAAAACUCUGUUGAGCGAAGACAUUGCAGGUUGUCUUGAUAGGUUUAAAA